AUGGAACAAGCAGCAUCGAAUAAUCAACAAACAACAGAAUUUUCAGGUUGUGGUUCUGAUCCAAAUAACGUUGGUUCAAUUCAAAGUGUAAAAGAUGAUAGCAACAGUGGUGGUGAUGUCAAAGAACUCAUUGCAUUAGUCGGACAUGGUCCUAGUGGACAAGGUUCCAGUUGUGUAAGUGCUAAUGGUGUUGCUCAAGCAAACAGCUUAGCAGCAAACAAGAUGUAG